AUGGUGGAGAAUACGACCGAAAUUUUGGCGAGAACUCUGUUCAAUCGGACUGCUAUUUAUCUGCCCUCGGCCAUCCCCGUGGGUAUUAUACUAGGUUCGAUUGUGUUUAUGACAGUAGGAGGGAAUGUGCUGGUAUUACUAGCUGUAUUUGUGAAUUCCCAUCUACGGAGUACAACUAAUUAUUUUAUUGUGAAUUUAGCAAUCGCUGACUUGCUAUUGGGAACAUGCGUCUUGCCGUUUUCCGCCAGUUUAGAAGUGCUCAAUUUUUGGGCUUUUGGUCAGAUAUUCUGUGAUAUAUGGGCAGCGAUCGACGUUUUGUGCUGCACUGCAUCCAUUAUGAGCCUGUGUGUAAUAAGUAUUGACAGAUAUAUAGGAGUAACUCGACCAUUGCAGCAUUCCUCUAUUCUAACGGAAAAACGGGCAUUUUACAUCAUCAUAUUAAUUUGGCUAUUGUCUAUUUCUAUAUCGGUGGCACCGUUAGUCGGGUGGAAGGAACCGCCGGACCCCGAUCCUUUAAUCUGCAGCGUAACCACUAAUCUAGGGUACGUUUUAUUCAGUGUAGCCGGUUCGUUUUACAUCCCCUUGUUGAUAAUCAUUGUUGUUUAUAUUCGUAUUUAUCGCGAAGCUGUGAAAAAUUCCCGGUUUUUAUCCACGGGGGUACGGACGUCAAAAAUUGACGAAUGUGAAGGGGUUCAGUUGAGGAUACAUAUGGGUCGAACUUGUACCCAACCGGGUCGUAAAGUGACUCACAGGAUGACCCUGGCAGGAAAAGUCGCCAAAUUUAAACGUGAAAAGAAAGCCGCUAAAACUCUGGGAAUUGUGGUCGGUGUUUUUAUAUUGUGUUGGUUUCCAUUCUUUUUUAUUCUCCCUUUAGGUUCGCUGUGCCCUGUCUGUGAGAUUCCAGAAGAUUUAUUUAAAGUGAUAUUCUGGCUAGGAUAUUGUAAUUCUCUAAUGAAUCCUGUUAUCUACGCAUGCUCCAGUCGGGAAUUUAAACGCGCGUUUAAACGGAUAUUGACUUGUAAAUUUCGCAGACGA